AGCUUUUAGAAAUAUGAGAAUUUGCAUGGGGUAUUUUUCGAAUUUGUUGAAUAUUUAGUAAUUAAAUAGGAUAGGAUUUUAUCAUUAUCACUGUGAUAGCUUUACUAGAAAAGUUGUGUGGUAUGAAUUUCUCUUUUAGAUAAAAGAGAGUUUAUUAUGAAACUGUCAGCUGUCCAUAACAAUAACCUUUCGUCAUUGUGAAGGAGGCUAAUUUAAUUACGCGUGAUUAGUUCUUUAAAAUAUUAGUGGUACAGUGAAUAACAUGGCUAAAGAGGAGGACGACGACAAUUUACCGGAUAAGGAUGCGGCGAAAGAGUUCUAUGCGAAAUACGAACCAAAAGAAAUCAUAGGCAGAGGUAUUAGUUCAACGGUAAGAAGAUGUAUCGAGAAAGAAACGGGACGGGAGUAUGCUGCAAAGAUCAUAGACUUGAGUCAAGAGUCCCAAGACGGAGUGGACACUCAUACAAUGCGGGAUGCAACACGACAAGAGAUCCAUAUACUACGAAUGGUCGCAGGACAUCCAUACAUUAUUGAGCUGCAGGACGUGUUUGAGUCGGAGACAUUCAUCUUCCUCGUGUUCGAGCUGUGUAAAAACGGGGAACUCUUCGACUACCUCACGUCAGUAGUCACACUCUCAGAGAAGAAGACUAGGUAUAUUAUGAGACAAGUCCUGGAAGGCGUCCGCUACGUGCACAGCAAGAGCAUCGUCCACAGAGACCUGAAGCCGGAGAACAUACUGCUGGAUGACCAGCUCAAUGUCAAGAUCACCGACUUCGGUUUCGCCAAGGUGCUUAAGGAUGGAGAGAAGUUGUUCGAGCUGUGCGGCACUCCAGGGUACCUCGCCCCGGAGACGUUGAAGGCGAAUAUGUUUGAAGACGCGCCAGGGUACGGCAUGGAGGUCGACGUAUGGGCUUGUGGAGUCAUCAUGUUUACAUUACUGGUGGGCUGCCCUCCGUUCUGGCACCGCAAGCAGAUGGUGAUGCUGCGUAACAUCAUGGAGGGGAAGUACUCCUUCACCAGCCCCGAGUGGGUGGAUAUCUCCGAGGAUCCGAAGGAUUUGAUCAGGCGGUUCCUGGUAGUGGAGCCAAAUGAGAGGAUAAACAUUGAGGAGGCUCUCAGACAUCCAUUCUUCAACACCGUGCUCUGGGACCAAGACAUGACGCCGCUCAAGAAGUCCUACUCCACCGCCAGCCGCAAGAUGAGCCGCAUCGAGGAACUCACAAUGGCAAUAAAGUCUGGCGGGUUCAACGCCCGCGCCAAGCUGCGCCUGGCGCUGGUGGCCGUGCGCGCCGCCGUGCGCCUGCGCCGCCUGCCGCACACGUCCGCGCGCGCCAUCCCGCUCUACCUCGCGCUGCAGGACCCCUACGCCAUGCGGGCGCUCAGGAAGGUGAUAGACGGGUGCGCCUUCCGCGUCUACGGACACUGGGUGAAGAAGGGCGAGGGUCAGAACCGUGCGGCGCUCUUCGAGAACAUGCCGAAGACGGAGCUCAAGAGUCUGUACGUGAGCAACCUCAGCCGAUAGCCGCGCUGGCUGCCGGGCCGCCUAGCCGCCUCUGAACUCCUAGUACUUUGGAGCCCAAAAAUUACCAGGGUAGCAAUACCAUUGAAGGCGCGACCUUCGUCCCCCGGACCGGAGCCGCGAACCGAGUGAUGUAGGUUAGUCGUAGUCGACAAUAGUCGAACCUUACUACACUAUCUAGUUCAAUUGUUAACACGUAUUAUACCAGCUCCUGAGUAGCUGCUACUGUUACGUUGAAAUAACGUACGUUUCGUUUUUCUUACAAUCUUUGAUAGUACAAAAAGUAACGUUUGGCAUUAAAAAUAGCAAUAACAGAUGCUAAUAUUGUAUACAAGUGAUCAAAGAUAUAGUUAAAUAAUAGUGCUAAUUCCUGUAGACACCAUCUAAUUUUAUUUUAAGUUAUAUCUGUCAUUUUCUUAUCCGCCGAAAAGGAAAGGAACGGGUAAUCGACAGGCAUAAAAUUUAUGGUACACACGUCAAUUUUAAGCACUAAUCUAUAACAGCCAUAUAAAAAAUUUACAUUGGCUAAUAACCCGACAGAAUUAAGUUGACACCACACGUCUAAACGGUUUGCAUACCAGCGAGAUACCUUUUUGAUUCGCCCGGGUUAUUCAUUCAUUUACUCGUUCUUCCUAAAAUUAAGAGCUGACAAUCGUCCGACCCUUUUCCUUUAGGCAAAAAAUAAAUAAAAGAAAAUGAAAGAAAAUGACAGGUAUAACUUAAAAUAAAAUUAGAUGAUGUGUACUGAAAUCGGCACCGAUGUAGUUUUAAAAUUGUUUUUCUCAUUAAAAUAAGGUCAACAAUUUAGAAAUUAGUUUUAGUAUUAUUUAUAAUGUUUCCCCUAACAUUUUGUUAUAGAGUGUGUGAUUUUAUGGGUAAUGGCGUUACCCUGGUUUGUAUGGUAGUCAAAUGUGUGUUUCCUUGAUGCCCUAUCGAACUUGAAACACCAAAUAAUAGCAAUGAAUCACAAAAAAAUAAUGAAUUAAUCUGUACUAAAAUGUAUGAAAAAUUCUUAUUGGACAAUUCCAAUUUAUGUUAAACCGUUACCCGAUUUUCGGAAAACUGUUUUUGUUUUAAUGUUUUAGAUAUAGACAUUUAUUUUAAAAUAACAAAUAGCAUCACGCGUGUAUUCCUGAAUGGGUAGGCAGAUGUGUAAUUUGGUAUAUCUACCCAGUAAGCCAGCUAUGUUUGUCACAUGUUUGUUUCUUUCAAAAUAAAUAUACAUAUAUUUUUAAUGAGGAGCUCGGUGGCGCAGCGGUAAACGCGCUCGGUCUGCGAUUGUUGAAGUUAAGCAACUUUCUCAAAGGCCGGUCAUAGGAUGGGUGACCACAAAAAAAGUUUACAUCUCGAGCUCCUCCGUGCUUCGGAAGGCACGUUAAGCCGCUGGUCCCGGCUGCAUUAGCAGUCGUUAAUAACCACCAAUCCGCACUGGGCCCGCGUGAUGGUUUAAGACCCGAUCUCCCUAUCCAUCCAUAGGGAAGGCCCGUGCCCCAGCAGUAGGGACGUUAAUGGGCUUAUGAUGAUGAUAUUUUUAAUAAUAUAACCUUAUUGAUACAAGGUGCCUUCUAAGUCCUUGGUGCAAAAAAUCGAGUUUGAAAAUAAUAUUUUGAAGCCAGUUUUAUAAACACAAUAGCAAUAUUAUAUUCAUAUAAGAUAUUUAACCAUAUUUUAAUGUUUUUCAAGAAUUUUUGCAGGUGAAAUGAAAGUUAAUAAAGGCAGUUUACCAAUUCUAUUUCAAGAAAGACAUUGUUAAGUGUGUAUGUGUUUAUUUUUUCUUUGUAAGAAUAUCAUUUUUCAGCGAAUUUAAAAUAAAAAUUAUAUUACUGAA